GUAUUUAACAAGGAAGAACCAUCAUGCUAUGACAAGGGAGACGUAUGUGGAGAGGAUAGGAAAUGUUGCCCAGCUUACAAGUGUGGCAUUGUUCACUCACAGUGGUGGCGUAAAGACCAUAAACAGUGUAGAGAUUUUUUUACUCACUACUACUAUGGUCAUGGUUAG